CGAUAUUAAUGGCCGCAAAAAUAUCGUCAUCUGGCCAAGUGAUAUAAAUUAUUAGAAAAUAACAUGGGGUUCGUUCCAAAAUUAUGCGUCAGUAUUGGUCUGAUCGCCUUAGCUCAUGCUGCAUACUCAGCAACUCAACAUCAUGCAUAUUUGAGAUUAACUGAAAAAGAAUUUACGUGGCUACCUCUUGAUAUAAUGAUUCAAUGCCUUAUUGGAUUAUCAAUAACAUUUUACGGAAUCAUUAAUAUUGCUGGUCAAUUUAAAAGUAUAAAAGCAAGUGCUGAAAUGGAAAAUAAAACCUGGGAUAUGAUUGGAAAUCGACAAUCCUUUUAUACAUUUAACCAUAGAGGUAAAGCACUAUUUAAUGAGGAAAGAGAAGAGCUGGAAUAAAUGAAUGAAUAAAUAGACUUUAAUAUUUAUGAAAGUGAAGAGAGAAUGAAAAUGAUGAAGUGUGAUGUUAUUUUACCAAUCUGAAUGUUUUGUUAUUUGUGUAUAAUGAACGUGCAACCUCAAAUAUUUUGAAAAAUGACUUGCACCAUUGAAGCAGAUGUGCUUGUAUUUAUCAUGUGUAAUAUUUCUUAGCAUGUAACUCAUAACAUUUUCAUCAUACAUUUGUUUGGUAAUUGUCAUUAUUUGUUUGUAUAUGUACCAAACAAUGUAUGUUAGUGCUCUCUUGUCUCUUUGAAAAGAUGUUUAAUGGACCUUAGAAAAUGAUAUUUUUAAAUGCAGUGUGAUGGAAAAGACAUUGCAACUCCAUAAAUACCAUGGAAGUCACAAAAGCCAGAAUCAUAUAGGGACACAGAUGAGUAGAUAUGGUGUUAUACAGUUUACUAUCUUCAUCUGUUUUAUAACACCUCUUUGAAUAUCAUUUAAAUUAUAUUAAGAUAGCUCCUGUCUUGCUUGCUGUUGUUAAAAAUGAUGUUAAAAAGAGCUACAGCAUUUGAAUUUUUUUUACUACUUGUCAUGUCUGUAUGUCUUCUAUCUCACAAGUAUAUAUUAUACUUAAGGUGCGGGCACACAAGCAGUAUGAGAUUUUUGUUGCCGACUUGAAUCUUGAGUAAAAUCUUGCAUGUGCCCGUGCUUCCACGACAAGAUUAUCGCUUUUCUGACAGGAUUUAUAAUAUCAAACAAAUUUGAUAAUUGUCUCUGAUAGUUUUAUCGUCUGCAAGACAGAUCGUCAUCAUCCAAUCAGAUUCAUUUUCCUUUCAAUGGCAUGCUCCGCGUAUGAUUAUCAGCAAGGUGGAAAACAGAUUUUUUGUCCCCUCAUGUGCCGGUGCCAGUCGUUGAUAUUCAAGACAAAACUUUAAUCGUUAACUAAAGUAUCGGACGGCUCAUGUGCCGGCAAUAAUUCAAUGUACUAGUAAGAAACUUUUCUUCAGCCAGUAUAAAAGGUUAAUUACCUCUUGAAUUAAAACAAGCCUAAGAAAUUCAAUAUUUAUUUAUCACCUUCACAAAAAUUAAAUCAUAAAUUAACAUUGAUUAAUCACAAUUUAUUUUUAUCUGAUUCCAUAAAUCAAUGAGUAUAAACUCUAUAUAAGAUCUAGUAUAUGGCACUUUGUAAAACAAUUAUUAUCUACUAUAAAAAAAAAAUAAGUGUUCAACAGAAAUGUUCAAGAUCAUGGGUACCAUUUACUGACUCACUGUCUUCUAAAUUGCCCUGUAACUAGCACACUAUGAGAUUUAAUGGAGGCUGACGAUAUAUUGUACAUUCUCACGAGCCGAUGUUUAAAUCUGAUAAACUUGCUUACCAAAUUUAAUCCAGAUCUGAACGCUAUAUUAUAUUUUGUAUGAAACAAAAUUCAAAAAUACAAAAUUCUAAUAAAAUAUUAAAACAAUUGUUUGAAUGUGUUUUGUCUAUUUAUAAAUACUGGGUGGGGGUACAUAAUAUCAGAUCAAAAUAUCAAACACAACAUCUGUAUGUUAACCCCCCAAAAAUUUUUAAAUUACUAAAUAAAAUAAAAUUUCCUUUGAUCAGUGGUAACAAAUAUGAGAUAUAUACUUCUAAAUAUUAUAACUACAUAAUGGAGUAUUUUAUUUACGUUCAGAGAGAGAACUAACUAUGUAAAAAUUCAUUGAGCAAGUUAGACACAUUUAAAGUUUAAAAAAAAGAAAGACAUUUUGUUUCAAUGUCAAUUGUCAUACUUGUUUUCAGCUUUUCAAAACUACGAAUUGCAUACUACAAAUAUUUCAUGAUCAUAUAGAUCAAAAAUUCC